AUGGGUCUUCCGGUUAUGCCUCGAACAGCAUCUAAUGAAGAAAAUAAACGAAUUAUUAUGGAUUUAGAUGUUCUUGUAAAAAGUUAUAAUUUUCCAUAUAUUGUUUGUUGUCUUGGUUAUUUUAUUCGACAAACAGAAGUUUGGAUAUGUAUGGAAUUAAUGGCAUCUUGUUUUGAUAAACUUCUUAAACUUAUUCGACAACCUAUACCUGAAUCUAUUCUUGGAAAAUUAACAGUUUCUACAGUCACUGCAUUGAGUUAUUUGAAAGAAAAACAUGGUAUUAUACAUCGAGAUGUUAAACCAUCGAAUAUAUUAAUUGAUGAACAAGGAAAUAUAAAAUUAUGUGAUUUUGGUAUUAGUGGUGUACUUAUUGAUUCAAGAGCUAAAUCAAGAAAUGCUGGUUGUGCUGCAUAUAUGUCACCAGAACGUAUUGAACCAUCGAACCAAGAAAAACCUAAUUAUGAUAUACGAGCUGAUAUUUGGAGUUUAGGAAUUUCACUUAUUGAACUUGCUACUAAUGCACAUCCAUAUUCAAAUUGUGAAAAUGAUUUUGGUGUUAUGGCACGCAUUGUUACGGAAGAUUCACCUCAAUUACCUACUCAUCUUACAUUUUCUGACAAUUUUCAAUCUUUUGUUGAUAUAUGUUUAAUUAAAGAUUAUCAACAAAGACCAAAAUAUGGUCCAUUAAUGCUUCAUUCAUUUUUUAUUCAAUCAAGAGAACAGUCUGUUGAUGUUGCCGGAUGGUAUCGAGAUGUUACAACUGCUGCAAUUGAAAAACAACAGUAA